UCACUCUUCGCUUCCGCUUCCUCCUUCGCACAGAUCUUUCUGCCACAGAAAGACGAAUUUCUCUCUCCCUUCCUCUUUCCCGGGAAAGUUAGGGUUGGUUAUUUGCCUUUGGAGGAUCAGAGCCACGUCUUGCGCUUCUCCUCAUUAAUCGCCAUCAUCAGCUUCCAGCGUCUCCAGAUUGACUGCAUUGCUUGCUGUAGUGGCGAUGAUGGGCGUAUCUCAAAUCCAUCCUUCAAGGGGUCGACCAUGCGAUUUGUCCGUGAAUCUCCAGCCGAGUCAUGGGCUGAAGCACAGGGUGGCCACCGCUUUUCUGGGGGCUGGAAACUUGGCAUGGGGAAAGAGUGAGGUGACAGGUUCCCAAUUGAAGAUGCCCUUCCAGAAUAGGGGGAGAAAAAGAAGUCCCAAAAACAUGACGGUUACGUCGGUGCUUGCUGAUGUUACCAAAGAGCUAAUGAACUUCCAAGCACCAAUAUUUGGAAAGCAACAGGCAGACCCGAAGACAGUUGCUUCGGUAAUACUAGGUGGAGGAGCUGGAACUCGUCUUUUUCCUCUAACUCGUCGAAGAGCAAAACCUGCUGUGCCAAUUGGUGGGUGCUACAGGCUUAUUGAUGUUCCAAUGAGUAAUUGUAUUAACAGUGGAAUUAAUAAAAUCUAUAUAUUGACCCAAUUCAAUUCCCAAUCACUGAAUCGGCAUCUUGCUCGUAUAUACAACUUUGGGAAUGGCGUAAACUUUGGUGAUGGAUUUGUUGAGGUCCUAGCAGCUACUCAGACACCAGGUGAAUCGGGUAAAAGGUGGUUUCAAGGAACUGCAGAUGCCGUAAGGCAAUUCGUUUGGCUCUUUGAGGACGUUAAGAAUCGACACAUAGAGAACAUUUUGAUACUUUGCGGCGAUCAUCUUUAUCGGAUGGAUUACAUGGAGUUUGUGCAGAAUCACAUUGACAGUGGUGCUGAUAUAUCAGUUUCUUGUGUUCCCAUGGAUGAGACUCGUGCUUCAGAUUUUGGAUUGAUGAAAAUUAAUGAGACAGGACAAAUUCAGAAAUUUUGUGAAAAACCAAAAGGGGACGAUUUGACGGCCAUGCAAGUGGACACAACUGUUCUUGGGUUGUCUCCUGAGGAUGCAAAGCAAUCUCCUUAUAUUGCAUCUAUGGGUAUAUAUUUGUUUAAAACAGAUGUUCUGCUAAAGUUGCUGAGGUGGCGAUAUCCAACUGCAAAUGACUUCGGAUCUGAAAUCAUUCCUAUGGCUACUAAAGAAUACCAUGUGCAGGCAUACUUGUUUAAUGAUUACUGGGAAGAUAUUGGGACCAUACGAUCUUUCUUUGAUGCAAAUUUGGCAUUGACAGAUCAGCCUCCUAAAUUUCACUUCUAUGAUCCUCUUAAGCCGAUCUUCACUUCCCCUCGAUACCUACCACCAACCAAAAUAGAGAAGUGCAGGGUUCUGAACUCCAUCAUUUCACAUGGAUGCUUCUUAAGGGAAUGCAGUGUUGAACAUUCAGUUGUUGGUGUGCGUUCAAGACUGGAAUAUGGAGUUGAGCUGAAAGAUACAAUGAUGAUGGGUGCAGAUUAUUAUGACACUGAAGCUGAAAGAGCAUCUGCUCUAGCUGAGGGCACUGUUCCUCUUGGUGUAGGAGAGAACACCAAAAUCAGAAACUGUAUCAUUGAUAAGAAUGCAAGAAUUGGAAAGAAUGUCGUCAUUGCCAAUACUGAUAAUGUUCAGGAGGCAGAUAGGCCAGCAGAAGGUUUCUACAUACGCUCAGGGAUCACUGUGGUGCUGAAGAACUCUACCAUCGCCAAUGGAACCGUCAUCUAGAUGUGGCCAAAAAUGGGGAACGUGAUGUCUCUCUCUCUCUCUCUCUCUCUCUCUCUCUCUCUCUCUCUCUGUAGCAUUGAGAUAUUAUAUAUCGAAGGAUAAUAUUGUAUGUACAGAAAUUGCAAAUAAAGGUGGCAUCGUAUUGCUUUCCCCCUC